UGCUUUUUUUUUUUUUUUUUCCCCUUUUUUUCUUCUUUUUAAAUUUUUUUGAUCGCUGGCGGCAGUGCUGGGCCAAGGGAUUCGAAGGGACAAGGAAGCUACCCUCGCCCCGCUCUCCUCUAUCCGCUAUCCCCUCCACACCCCCCCCACCCUUCCGCCCCGGCUCCGGGAGAUGUGCCCGGCGGGGGAUCGGGGUUCGUGGAACCGAAGGAGAAACGCGCUGAACCGACCCGGGAGCAGUCCCGGACAGGCUGGUGGGCCAGCGUGUGGUGUCCACCUGGUGAUGCGGGGCGAGGCCCCCCGCACAGGCCACUGAGAGCCGUGCCCGCCCACCCGGCCGCCGCCAUGGCCCGCCUGGCUGCAGCGCUAUGGAGUCUCUGUGUCACCACGGUCCUGGUCACCUCGGCCACCCAAGGCCUGAGCCGGGCUGGGCUCCCAUUUGGACUGAUGCGCCGGGAGCUGGCGUGCGAAGGCUACCCCAUUGAGCUGCGGUGCCCGGGCAGCGACGUUAUCAUGGUGGAGAACGCCAAUUACGGGCGCACAGACGACAAGAUCUGUGACGCUGACCCCUUCCAGAUGGAGAACGUGCAGUGCUACUUGCCAGAUGCCUUCAAGAUCAUGUCCCAGAGGUGUAACAACCGAACCCAGUGUGUGGUGGUCGCUGGCUCCGACGCCUUCCCCGACCCCUGUCCCGGGACCUACAAGUACCUGGAGGUGCAGUACGACUGUGUCCCCUACAAAGUGGAGCAGAAAGUCUUCGUGUGCCCGGGGACCCUGCAGAAGGUGCUGGAGCCCACGUCCACGCACGAGUCGGAGCACCAGUCGGGCGCGUGGUGCAAGGACCCGCUGCAGGCGGGCGACCGCAUCUACGUGAUGCCCUGGAUCCCGUACCGCACGGACACGCUGACCGAGUACGCGUCGUGGGACGACUACGUGGCGGCGCGCCACACCACCACCUACCGGCUGCCGCACCGCGUGGACGGCACGGGCUUCGUGGUCUACGACGGCGCCGCCUUCUACAACAAGGAGCGCACGCGCAACGUGGUCAAGUACGACCUGCGCACGCGGAUCAAGAGCGGCGAGACGGUGAUCGCGGCGGCCAACUACCACGACACGUCGCCCUACCGCUGGGGCGGCAAGACGGACAUCGACCUGGCCGUGGACGAGGACGGGCUGUGGGUGCUCUACGCCACCGAGGGCAACAGCGGGCGGCUGGUGGUGAGCCAGCUGAACCCGUACACGCUGCGCUUCGAGGGCACGUGGCAGACGGCCUACGACAAGCGCUCGGCGUCCAACGCCUUCAUGGCGUGCGGCGUGCUCUACGUGCUGCGCUCCGUCUACGUGGACGACGACAGCGAGGCGGCGGGCAACCGCGUCGACUACGCCUUCAACACGCGCGCCAACCGCGAGGAGCCCGUGGCCAUGGCCUUCCCCAACCCCUACCAGUUCGUGUCCUCCGUGGACUACAACCCGCGCGACAACCAGCUCUACGUGUGGAACAACUACUUCGUGGUGCGCUACGCGCUCGAGUUCGGGCCGCCCGACCCCAGCGCCGGCCCAGCCACUUCCCCGCCACUCAGCACAACCAGCACAGCCCGGCCCACACCCCUCACCAGCACCGCCUCGCCUGCAGCCACCACCCCCCUCCGCCGGGCACCCCUCACCACACACCCGGUGGGUGCCAUCAACCAGCUGGGACCUGACAUGCCUCCAGCCACAGCCCCAGCACCCAGCACCCGGCGACCCCCAGCCCCCAAUCUACAUGUGUCCCCCGAGCUCUUCUGCGAACCCCGAGAGGUACGGCGGGUCCAGUGGCCAGCCACCCAGCAGGGCAUGCUGGUGGAAAGGCCUUGCCCCAAGGGAACUCGAGGAAUUGCUUCGUUCCAGUGUCUGCCUGCUCUGGGGCUCUGGAACCCCCGGGGUCCUGACCUUAGCAACUGCACCUCCCCCUGGGUCAACCAGGUGGCCCAGAAGAUUAAGAGUGGAGAGAAUGCGGCCAACAUUGCCAGCGAGCUGGCCCGGCACACGCGGGGCUCCAUCUACGCUGGGGACGUCUCCUCGUCCGUGAAGCUGAUGGAGCAGCUGUUAGACAUCCUGGACGCCCAGCUCCAGGCCCUGCGGCCCAUCGAGCGCGAGUCUGCGGGCAAGAACUACAACAAGAUGCACAAGCGAGAGAGAACUUGCAAGGAUUAUAUUAAGGCGGUGGUGGAGACAGUAGACAACCUGCUGCGGCCGGAAGCGCUUGAGUCGUGGAAAGACAUGAACGCCACAGAGCAAGUGCACACGGCCACCAUGCUCCUGGACGUACUGGAGGAGGGCGCCUUCCUGCUGGCCGACAACGUGCGGGAGCCUGCGCGCUUCCUGGCUGCCAAACAGAACGUGGUCCUGGAGGUCACUGUCCUAAGCACAGAGGGCCAGGUGCAAGAGCUGGUGUUCCCCCAGGAGCACCCCAGCGAGAGCUCCAUCCAGCUGUCCGCCAACACCAUCAAGCAGAACAGCCGCAACGGGGUCGUGAAAGUUGUCUUCACCCUCUACAACAACCUCGGCCUCUUCCUGUCCACGGAGAACGCCACCGUGAAGCUGGCCGGCGAGGGAGGAGCAGGGGGCUCUGGAGGGGCCUCCCUGGUGGUGAACUCUCAGGUCAUCGCAGCGUCCAUCAACAAGGAAUCGAGCCGCGUCUUCCUCAUGGAUCCCGUCAUCUUCACUGUGGCCCACCUGGAGGCCAAGAACCACUUCAACGCGAACUGCUCCUUCUGGAACUACUCGGAGCGCUCCAUGCUGGGCUACUGGUCCACGCAGGGCUGCCGCCUGGUCGAGUCCAACCAGACCCACACCACGUGCGCCUGCAGCCACCUCACCAACUUCGCCGUGCUCAUGGCUCACCGAGAGAUCUACCAGGGCCGCAUCAACGAGCUGCUGCUCUCGGUCAUCACGUGGGUGGGCAUUGUGAUCUCCCUGGUCUGCCUGGCCAUCUGCAUCUCCACCUUCUGCUUCCUGCGGGGCCUGCAGACCGACCGCAACACCAUCCACAAGAACCUGUGCAUCAACCUCUUCCUGGCCGAGCUGCUCUUCCUGGUGGGAAUCGACAAGACGCAGUAUGAGAUCGCCUGCCCCAUCUUCGCCGGCCUCCUGCACUACUUCUUCCUGGCCGCCUUCUCCUGGCUGUGCCUGGAGGGCGUGCACCUCUACCUGCUGCUCGUGGAGGUGUUCGAGAGCGAGUACUCGCGCACCAAGUACUACUACCUGGGCGGCUACUGCUUCCCGGCCCUGGUGGUGGGCAUCGCGGCCGCCAUCGACUACCGCAGCUACGGCACCGAGAAGGCCUGCUGGCUCCGAGUGGACAACUACUUCAUCUGGAGCUUUAUUGGGCCCGUCUCCUUCGUCAUUGUGGUGAACCUGGUGUUCCUCAUGGUGACCCUGCACAAAAUGGUCCGAAGCUCCUCCGUCCUCAAGCCCGACUCCAGCCGCCUGGACAACAUCAAGUCCUGGGCCCUGGGCGCCAUCGCACUGCUCUUCCUGCUGGGCCUCACCUGGGCCUUCGGCCUGCUCUUCAUCAACAAGGAGUCCGUGGUCAUGGCCUAUCUCUUCACCACCUUCAACGCCUUCCAGGGGCUCUUCAUCUUCGUCUUUCACUGCGCCUUGCAGAAGAAGGUGCACAAGGAGUACAGCAAGUGCCUGCGCCACUCGUACUGCUGCAUCCGCUCCCCGCCCGGCGGCGCGCACGGCUCCCUGAAGACCUCGGCCAUGCGCAGCAACACCCGCUACUACACGGGGACCCAGAGCCGGAUCCGGAGGAUGUGGAACGACACGGUGAGGAAACAGACCGAGUCGUCCUUCAUGGCAGGCGACAUCAACAGCACCCCGACCCUGAACCGCGGUACCAUGGGGAACCACCUGCUGACCAACCCAGUGCUGCAGCCCCGUGGAGGGACAAGCCCGUACAACACCCUCAUCGCGGAGUCGGUGGGCUUCAAUCCCUCCUCGCCCCCCGUCUUCAACUCCCCAGGGAGCUACAGGGAACCCAAGCACCCCCUGGGAGGCCGGGAAGCCUGCGGCAUGGACACCCUGCCGCUGAACGGCAACUUCAACAACAGCUACUCGCUGCGCAGCGGGGAUUUCCCCCCGGGGGAUGGGGGCCCGGAGCCGCCCCGAGGGGGCCGCAACCUGGCGGACGCGGCGGCCUUCGAGAAGAUGAUCAUCUCGGAGCUGGUGCACAACAACCUGCGCGGCGGCGGCGGCGGCGGCGGCGGCGGCGGGGCCAAAGGGCCCCCACCGCCCGAGCCGCCCGCGCCCCCCGUGCCCGGCGCCGGCGGCGAGGAGGAGGCCGGUGGGCCCGGCGGUGCGGACCGGGCGGAGAUUGAACUUCUCUACAAAGCCCUGGAGGAACCCCUGCUGCUGCCCCGGGCCCAGUCGGUGCUGUACCAGAGCGACCUGGACGAGUCGGAGAGCUGCACCGCAGAAGACGGGGCCACCAGCCGGCCCCUCUCCUCCCCUCCCGGCCGGGACUCCCUCUAUGCCAGCGGGGCCAACCUGCGGGACUCGCCCUCCUACCCGGACAGCAGCCCCGAGGGGCCCAGCGAGGCUCUGCCCCCACCCCCGCCGGCCCCCCCCGGCCCCCCUGAAAUCUACUACACCUCGCGCCCACCGGCCCUGGUGGCCCGGAACCCCCUACAGGGCUACUACCAGGUGCGGAGGCCCAGCCACGAGGGCUACCUGGCAGCCCCCGGCCUCGAGGGACCAGGGCCCGAUGGGGAUGGGCAGAUGCAACUGGUUACUAGUCUCUGAGGGCCUCACGGACCAGGGGUCUAGGGCCCCGGCCAGGGAGGGGCCCCGGCAAGGCUCCGGUGGGAGCGGAGACCGGUGGAGGCAGUGGCUGGUGGGCCGCUCUCGCCAGGCCCUCGACCGUGGGCCCACAGCCCCCCCCCCACCCCAGGGGCGCUGCCAUGGGCCCCGGGUGCCAGGGUUCGCAGGCAGACAGGGUUUCCACCAGCCACAUGCACCAGCUUUCUCUGGGGGGGGGGGGCGGGAAGUACCAUGAGGAGGAGCCCCGAGGCCCCUGCGAGUGAGGGGUGGGCAGACGCUGGCAGGUGUGACCCACUUCCGAUGCCCCCUUCCCUUGCGCCUCCGGCCCCUGGAGACAGCUCGGGAUGUGGCUUCCCGAAGUGCGGAGGGCCAGCUUCUGAGGUCACCAAAGUCCCUACCCCCACGAGAUCCACAGCCCGUCAGCUGAGCGCGAUGGGGCAGCAGAGCAGGUGGACAGGUGGACAGGCUCCUCCCGUGCUAGCUCCCUGCCCCAGAGGAGGCCUCGGGCAUGGAGAAGGGCCAGGCCCCGGGGACGGGCAGUGGUGGCCCGUGGCUUUAACGGUGUAGCUUUCUCGGAAGCUCCUUCCCCCUUGCUACCGGUCGGUCCCUGCCUCCCACACACGCCCACCCUCAGCCCCCACAGUGCACCCAAUGACCCCCUCCCUGGGGUGACCCCUGAAGAAGCACAACUUCCCGCGGGGCCUCUGGCCCACAGGGGCGGCCAUACUUGGGCAAUUCCCGGUCCUGUGGGCUUGGCUAUCUGGGGAGCAGAUAUUGGGUCUGGGGCCCCCUGGGGAGUGGGUCCUGGGCUUGGAUCUUUCCCUAGGGGGAGGGCCCUCUUACCCUUCCCCUCUCCUCCUCCCUCAUUGCUGUAAAUAUUUCAACAAAAUGGAAAAGAAAAAAAAAAAGACAAAAAAAAAAAAACACCAGAAAGAAAAGAAAAAUCUCAUCACUUGAAACCACUGGGCACCUGCUGCCCAGGCCAGCCUGGACUCUAUCCAGAGCAAAGCGGAACUGCCUGCCACCCUAACAGCCAGGACUUUCUCCCGGCACCACCCUGGGCAUCGCAGCCAGGGUGGGCGGGCCGCCAGAGCAGCUUUUUACACUCCAGAGACAAAAAGUGAAAUCUAGAAGCAACAGUGAAACAAAGGACUCCUUCCUGGCACCUGCCCAUCGCCUGCCCCAGCUGGGUCAGUGAGCCCACCUGGGGCGCGUACCUCACUGCCUGCCCCAGGACCACAGGCCUGUCUCCCCGCCCCUCCCCACUGGCCGGUGGGGGAGGCACCUUCACACCCAAAGAUGCUUUUACCAAGAUGGCUGCAUUACCCCUUUGAGUUCCUGCUUCUUGUGUAUCCUAUCAGGACUCUUGGGCAGUCGGGGGGGAAAAGGCUGGCUUCCCACCGUGAGGGCUGUAGGAAGGAGCGGAGGGCAGAGGGCUGGUCAGGAAUCCGCAUGGCUAAGCAGGGGAGGGAGGGCUGGCAGUGGUGGUCUCUGGCGGAGAAAAGCCCAGAGAAGGAGAGGGAUCCUUCUCCGGGAGGCACGCCAGGGCCUUGGGGGUCAGGGUACCCACGUGCUGGGGCCUCCACCCCAAGCCCCCAGGCCCUGGACGGUCCAGGAUCGGGGUGUCUGCUGCGCUCCCCUCCACCUCAGUCAGCCUGACCUCCUCGGUAGGUCGGUCCCCCAGUCCCUCGGGGGGUAGCCUCUCGUUUCAUUGCCAUUUUCCCAGGGGUGGUCGUCUGCCUCUGUCCUGACUUACCUAUCUCUCUUGCCCCGCCCUCUCUCUCUCACAAGUGCCAUGAGUUUUCAGACAUCUUUGAGUCUCAGCCUGCAGCUGCCAUGAACUUUGGGUUACGAGGGAGGGCCUCUGGGAGGUCACCGAAGGGAAGGGGGACAUGUACGUGGUGGCCGGAAGGACCCUUUUUGCUGCUAGGAACCUCCCCCCCCAUCACCUUCUGGGGCGCUGGGGCUGGCUCGUCCCCAUCGAUGAGGGGAGACCAAAGGUGGUGAGUGGUUUGCUCCGCGGAUGGGGCGAGAUGUGAGGAGAAGGCAGAGCUUAUCUGUGCCCGCGUCACUGGAAGACGGCUGGUGAGGUGUAGACCGGGGAAAGUGACCGCACGGGGCAGUCUUGCCAGGGGACGGCGAGGAGGGUAGCAGACGGUCAGCUCGGCGGCCCUUGCUGGUCUGGAGCCCCCGCCAUGGCUAUGCGGAGGGUCUGGCCCAGCCCAGGCCCGGCAAGAGGGGUCUUCCAGGGGCUGGGCUGGGAGGAGCGAGGUAGACAGCUGCUUUUGUCCAGCCCUCCUUACACUCCAGACGUGGACAAUCAGGGGGAGAGGGUGUAGCAGGGCCCUUGGCUCCCCACUCCAGCUGGAAUCACCCGGGGGUGGGGGGGAUCUCAGGCCUCAACAGUCGCACGGAAGGGGCCCCAGGUGGGGCUGGGUUCCACCGCAGUCCCUCCCAAAGCCACCCAGAGAGCCCAGGUAUCCCCCACCUCAACCAGACCUGGUGCCUUGACGCCCUACCCCAGCUGGGAAGGUACAGAGAAGGGUCUUGGUUUCCUCGGGCUCCUGAGUUCAUUUGCUCCUAAAUCUUGUUAAUUCUUUUUCUCUCUCUCGAUACUUGUUUCUUUUGGGUCUCCCUAGCCUUCCCUUUCCCCACCUCAGCCCCAUGUCGUUCUCUCCGCGUCUGCGUUCCUCUCUUUCUAUUCAUCAAUCUCUCUGUCCAUCAGGGCCGCCUCCCUGCUCCCGCGCCCCAGCCCCUCCCCCUCCUCCUCCUCCUCUUCCCCCCCCCCCUCCCCCUUGGUCUCCUUUUCGAUAUGCCAAACCAAUUUUGGGUCGAGUGCAUUUAACGAGAACAAAACAAAAGGCUCAUAACAAGAACGUUUCAGAAAAAAACAAAAAGUUAAAAAAAAUUGUUGAGUCAAAAAAAAAAAAGUCAAUAAAGAAAUUAAGAUUUCUUGGAA